GCGCACGUUCAACUCAUCAGAGACCAGCAGCGGCGCUCAACAAUACCCUUCAUCAUCUUCUUGCAACGCGAAAAUACGCGCCAGCUGUGUACAGAAGCGAUUUUGAAAGUGCAACUUUUUAAAAUAACACUUAAAAAAAAAUUUGGAGUUGUAUCGUGAUUCUACUCUAAUAAUACUAUGGAUUUAUGUGGAAAAGUGUAAUUUUUUUUUAAAACUCUGUGAGUGCGUCGCGACGCCCCGGAGUUUUAUUUUUAUUUUUUUAACCAAAAUUAACGUUUUUACCGCCGGUUUCGGUUAAUAUGAGCUAUAAAAGAAGAUACUUUAUUGUGAGGGUGUAAAUGCCCUUCUUAUCAGCAUCUCAAGAGGAUUUAUCAACAAUCUAAAAAAUCAUGGGUGUUUUAUUGAAGAAUAUUAAAUCGGAAUGGGGAUUAAUUAUAAUUAUAACCCUUAUAACGCUUGUACAAUGCGAUUCCCAAGAACAAACAACCGUGACUCCUCCACCACAUCGAGGUGCAGCAAGACAAAUGUACGGUUCUGGAUCUCUUCGACCACCCGGAAUGAAGCCCGUUUACGUUAGUCCUUCCCAGAAACCAACUCAAAUUUCUCAAAUUCCUAUUUACAAGUCACCGUUGCCAAAUCCUCUUUUCCGAUUUCCCAUAGCGAUUCCAAUUGACCAUCUUCCAAUCCCAUCUGUCCGCCACUUGGGUGGUAAAUAUGGAAAUCGACCUGAAUUUGCAGGUGUAAUAAAAAGACCACCUUUGGGAUGGUAUUCCGGCGAACUUUUUGGGAAAGGGUUAUUACCGCCGGAUAGAAGGAGAUUGAUGAAAAUUUCUAAUCAAUAUGUAAGACAUCCCGAACAAAUGGAUACUCACGAUGUUCAUUUAUGCGGUGGCGAUUGUACGAGGGGGGAAUUUUUAUGCGUAUCCAGUUGUAUGUGUAUCAAAGAAAUGUUGAGGUGCGAUGGCGAAGCGGAUUGUGAUAAAAACGAGGAUGAAAUUGAUUGCGAAAAUACGAUGAGAAACAACGAAAAAUGCGAGGACUUAGAAAAUGGGAAGUACACGAGAUGUCCGAGGACCGGAAGUUGCAUUUUGAAGAGUUGGUUGUGUGAUGGUGAUGACGAUUGCGGCGAUUACACGGAUGAAACUCAUUGUGGAGAAUCGGUAAAUUGUACCAUUGAUCAAUUUGAAUGUGCGAAUGGAUUAUGUAUCCCAAAAAAUUGGGUCUGCGACAACGACAACGAUUGUAAGGAUUAUUCUGAUGAAUCGAACUGCACAAAAGUCGGGUGUACGGAGGAUGAAUUCACGUGUGAAGAUGGAUCUUGCAUCUCUUUAAGCUGGAAAUGCGAUAGAGAACCCGAUUGUGAUGACGGAACUGAUGAAAAUGAUUGUGAAAUUCAACCGUUUAUGUGCAGCGAAGAGGAAUUCCAAUGUAUAUUAAAUAAUAAUUGUAUUAAAAUCGAGUACAAAUGUGACGGCGACAACGAUUGCAAAGAUUGGAGUGAUGAGGUCGAUUGCCAGACCACUUUAGAUCCGUGUUUAGCCGGAGAAUUCCGAUGUAAAUCAGGAAGUUGUAUCCCGGAAAAGUAUCGAUGUGAUAAACAACAAGAUUGUAGCGAAAAUGAAGACGAAGCUGAUUGUGAACACACUGCAACGAGAAUUUGUUCCGAUGAUGAACAUAGUUGUAAAGAUGGAACGUGUAUUUUGAAAACUUGGGUUUGCGACGGAGUUCAAGAUUGUAGUCAAGGUGAAGAUGAAUUGAAAUGCGAAAUUGUCUGUGAUGAUUCAAAAUUUCCAUGUUCCGGUGACGGUUUUAACGAUUCCUCGACGUCUUUUUGCAUCAAUAAGAAACACAUUUGUGACGGCCAAAAAGAUUGUCCGAAAGGUGAAGAUGAAAAAAAUUGUUCGACGAAGAAACCGUGCGAAAAAGAUUCCGUUUGUGCCCAAGACUGCGUUGUGACCCACGAUGGAAAAGACGGUUGUUCUUGUAAACCCGGUUAUCAAUUAGGGCAAGAUCAAAAAAGUUGCGAUGAUAUUAAUGAAUGUAUGUAUCAAACUGAUCCGGUUUGUUCCCAAACUUGUAAUAACACGAUAGGAAGUUUUAUUUGUGGUUGUAUGACAGGGUAUAUUUUAAGACCCGAUUUAAGAUCUUGCAAAGCUUUAGGAGCACCACCAACUUUAUUAUUUACAAACCGCGUUGAUAUUCGCCAAGUUUCAUUGAGCAACCAAAAAUACACAUUUCUCUUAAAAGGUCUUCACAACGCCAUAGCUCUUGAUUAUCAUUACGACAAGAAAACAAUUUUUUGGUCAGAUUUAACCCUUGAUGUUAUUAAAUCUUCUUAUAUGAAUGGAACUAAUGUUAAAGAUGUUAUAAAAUGGGGGUUGGAAUCCCCCGGAGGGAUCGCGUUAGAUUGGGUACAUAAUUUAUUAUUUUGGACUGAUUCUGGUACGAGAAGGAUUGAAGUUUCAACAUUAGAAGGAAAAGAAAGGGUAAUAAUAGCUGCGAAUGAUUUGGAUAAACCGAGAGCGAUUUCUGUGCAUCCUGGUGAAGCGUUGAUAUUUUGGACCGAUUGGGGACCAUCUCCGAAAAUUGAAAGGUCUGAAAUGGAUGGAACGAAUCGUAAAAGUAUAAUUACAGACUCGGUUUUUUGGCCGAAUGGUUUAACUUUGGAUUACACCAGCAAUCGAUUGUAUUGGGCGGAUGCGAAACAUAAUGUUAUAGAAACGGCUUUAUUCGAUGGAUCUGAUCGGAGAAAAGUUAUUAGUAAAGGACUUCCCCAUCCAUUUGCUUUAACAAUUUUUGAAGAUGCAAUUUAUUGGACCGAUUGGCACACAAAAUCAAUUUCCACGGCGAAUAAAGCGACCGGAGCCGGAUUUAGAACCAUUCACUCCGAUUUACACUUUCCAAUGGACAUCCAUAGCUACCACAGUUUGAGACAACCAAAAUACGAUAACCAUUGUGGAACAAACAACGGUGGGUGUGCCCAUUUAUGUUUACCAAACGCGAAAGGAUUCGUUUGUGCUUGUCCUAUGGGGCAAAAAUUAACUUCCGAUGGAAAAUCUUGUCAGAAACCAGAAAAAUUGUUAAUUUUUGCUCGGAAGAAAGAGUUGAGAAUAAAACACUUGGAUGAAAACGCCGUUCAUAGCCAUGAAAUUAUUAUUCCUGUCGAUGGAAUUAAAAGUGCUGUUGCUUUGGAUUGGGAUUCGAAAAGUGAUACCGUUUUUUGGACUGAUAUUGAAAAGGAUACUAUUAAUAGUGCGCAUUGGAAUGGGACAGAACAAAAAGUUAUAAUUCAUACAAAUUUAGAUUCUCCAUCUGGUUUAGCAUAUGAUUGGAUAACGGAUAAAAUUUAUUGGACAGAUGCCAGUACGAAAAGAAUUGAAGUAUCAAAUAAAAACGGUUCAAUUAGAAGCUUAUUAAUAUGGCAGGAUUUAGAUAAACCUCAAGACAUAGUCGUAGAUCCAAUAAGUGGAUUUAUGUAUUGGUCCGAUUGGGGUGAUAAACCCAAAAUAGAAAAAUCUAACAUGGAUGGAACUUCCCGAACGGUUUUAGUAAAAACUAAUAUUUCGUGGCCUAAUGGUUUAGCCAUUGAUUAUGAUGGUGGUAAAUUGUAUUGGGCCGACGGGAAAAGGAACUCAAUAGAUUCUUGUAAUUUAGAUGGAACGAAUCGAAAAACAAUUUUAGGUCCUGAUUUACCGCAUCCAUUUGGAUUGGAUAUAUUCGGAAGUUCUCUUUAUUGGACCGACUGGAAAACUCCCUACAUCGAAAUGGCCGAUAAAACAAACGGGGCGAAUCGAAACAUUUUAGUGUCAAACAUUUCCGAUUUAAUGGAUGUGCGAAUAUUCCAUAGAAAUCGGAAAAUCAUCGAAACUGAAUGUAAUAAAGAUAACGGGGGUUGUUCCCAUUUGUGUUUAUUAAAGCCUAAAGGAUAUUCAUGCACUUGUCCUUUAGGGAGAGUUUUAAAGUCUGAUGGAAAAACUUGUUUGGAAAAUCCUCGGGAAUCGUUGAUUUUAUCGCACAGAUUCGAUAUCCGGCAAAUUUCUUUGGAUGUUCCUUAUAUUAUUGAUGUUGUACUUCCAUUUCCGCAUUUAAAGCAUGUAGUAUCUACAGAUUUUGAUCAAAAUUCUGGAAUGUUAUAUUGGUCUGAUUCCUCGGAAAGUGUUAUUGAGAGAGCUAGUUUUGAUGGAAGUGUAAUCGAAACUGUUCUAACUCACGAGUUAACAUCUGUUGAAUCGAUUGCAAUUGACUCCAUCACUAAAAAGUUAUAUUGGACCGAUCGAGAAAGAAACAGCAUAGAAGUUGCCGAAUUAAACGGAACCAACCGAAAACUUCUCAUUUACUCAGAUUUAGAUAAUCCUAGAGCAAUCGUUUUGGAUUACGAACAUGGAAUGAUGGUGUGGUCAGAUUGGGGGACGCAUGCAAAAAUUGAAACGGCGGAAAUGGAUGGAAAUAAUAGAAAAACGAUUGUAAACGAGAAUCUUAUUUGGCCAAAUGGUUUGGCGAUCGAUAAAGAUUUCCAUCGAAUUUAUUGGAGUGAUGGGAGUGCAAAAAUAAUUGGAAGUGUUGAUUUUAAAGGUAAAAAACGUAAAGUGAUCUUAGGAGAACUUCCUCAUCCUUAUGGGUUAACUAUAUUCGGGGGAUAUGUUUAUUGGACCGAUUGGAAAACGAAGAGUUUACACAGAGCGAAUAAAACGACGGGGAGAGAUGCGGUUACUUUGUGUGGAAAAUUAGAUGGAUUGUUGGAUGUUCGAGCGAUAUCGACAGGGUUGAUGCAUAAAAAUGUUUGUGGUUCAAAUAACGGUGGGUGUUCUCAUCUUUGCUUAAGAAACGCCAAGGGGUAUAGUUGUGCUUGCCCAACGGGGAUUAAAAUGAAAAGUGGAAGUAAAACAACUUGUAAUUAUCAACCGGAUAAAUAUUUAUUAUUUGCAACCAGAUCAGCUUUAGCUAGAAUCAGUUUAGAUUCGCCUGAUUCUUGGGACGUCACUUUACCCAUUAAAAAUAUUAAUCACGUUAUUAACGUCGAUUUUCAUUGGGGAUUACAAAUUUUUUAUUUUACCGAUGUCAAAAAUCAAGUUAUUCAAAGUGUUAAUAUGCGAAAUCUUUCCGAUGUAAAAACGAUUGUGCACCAAAACGGUUCGGCUCCUUACGGAUUAGCAAUCGAUUGGAUCUCCAAUAAUAUUUAUUGGUCAGACACUCAUUACUCUAUAAUCCAAGUUUGUAAAAUGGAUGGUUCUUGGAGAAAAGUCAUUAUUAAAGAUGACAUCGUCGAACCGAGAUCUUUAGCGGUUUAUCCUAAAUUGGGUUAUUUAUUUUGGACAGAAUGGGGAAAAUCGCCGAAGAUUCAACGAUCAUUUUUGGACGGAUCUGGACGACAAACAAUUUUAAGCAAAGAACAAGGGUUACCUAAUGGAUUAGUUAUCGAUUAUAAUGAAGCUAGAUUAUAUUGGACAGAUUCGCAAUUGGAUUUAAUAGAGAGCUCAGAUUUAAAUGGACGAAGUAGCAUGCAAUUGAUGUAUCCAAAGAAAAUGACGAUGUUAACACGUCCGUUUGGGUUAGCUUUGUUUGGUGAUAAUAUGUAUUGGACCGAUUGGUUAGAUAAAUCGUUAUUAAGAGCUGAUAGAAAAACUGGCGAACGUUGCGUAGUUAUUCGUAAUAAAUUAGAUGGUGCGAUGGGAAUAACAACCGUCUCACAAGAACGCCAAUCAGGUUGGAACCCUUGCGUGGUUAAUAACGGAGGGUGUUCCCAUUUUUGUUUCUUCAAACUCAGAAAUUACACUUGCGGUUGUCCCGAUGAUUCCGAUAAAUCGUGCAAAAUUGUUCCUAAAGAAUGGGUGACAGAGAGAAAUCCUAACGGAAUUUAUCUCUACGAAAAUGGCGAUUACGAAGCAACUCCUCCCGCUUUAAACGAGAUAUUCCCAGAAAUUCAAAAAGAUACGCCGUAUCAUAAAUUUUAUAUCUUAGCGUUGGUUUUGAUGGUUUCAAUUUUUGUUUUAAUUUCACUUCUUAUGGUUGCCGCCGUGAUUUAUCGAAGGAGCAAGAAAAAGUAUUUAUAUGCAACCGGAAGAAGUGUAAGAACCUUUUCAAAUCCUAAUUAUUAUACUCCUAGUGGAGAACCAACUGGACCAGCUGUUUUGGUGGAUAAGAGACCAUGUAUUUGGAAAAGGCUUAAAUAUGAUAAAUCACAGGAUCGUGUUUAUGAAGAUAAAACAGGUGGAACAAGUCCUGAAAUAGCAAGUUUAAUACCAACAGUUUUAACUCCGAGUAGUUCUAAUUGUGAAGCUGUAACACCGGAAUUGGGACACUCCCCAUUGGUGACUCCAAUGCACCGGGAGUCCCAACCGUCCGUUUAAGCAAAAAAAAAAUAAUAAUUAUUAUAAAAAAGAACAAAGUAGAAGUCAAAAAUGAUAAAUAUAAACCUAGUCAAAAUAAAACAAUGCAAGAUAUAGGCAAAAAGCAGAAGCAAAAAAAAAUCGACGAUGUCAUUAUUGUAAAUAGGUUGAUUGUCAAAUUAGUUGGCUGACAAUAAAUCAUUUAUAAUACCGGAAUCUAACAAUAGAAGAGGAACAAUGGAUAAGACGAUGGAAAAUUGAUUGAAAAAAAUCUAAUUUCGAAUAAAAAUUUAGUUUUCGUUUUGGAUGGAAUUAAUUUUAAAUGUUAAAAAAGGGAGAAAUAUGAUAAAAAAGAUCACGUUUUUUAAUAGACGUUACAUAUCCUACCGGAAACAAAUAAUGUUUUGUUGAUAAGAAAAAACGGGCUUAUUUAAAAAAUUAAAAAAAUCGUUGAUUUGUUGUACUUACCAAAAUAAAAUUAAAAAAAAAAAACAGAAAUUAAUAAAAUUAAAGAGAAAAAAAUAUGUAAAUCUAAUUGUGAGUGAAUGGCGUGAAUGCAAACGAGAGAACUAGAAAUAUUUUUUUAAAUGAUGUGGAUGACAGAGUAUUUUUAAAGACUGAUUGUUAGUAAUUUGUUUUAAUUCUAAUUACGUUAUUUAUUAAGAACGGAGGUAAAAAAAAAAUGUUAAGAUACAAAACAAAAAAUAUUUUUGUGCCAAUACCGAAAAAAACUCAAAUUUUUUUUUUAAAUCUAAAAAUUAAGGGAAUGCGGUAUGAAUGCUUUGUGUAAAUACAGCUGUAAUUGAUUAGACUCAGAGGCUCGCGUAGUCUAUCUAUUACCAGCUGUAUAUAUUCGAAACAAAAAAAAAAACACAAAAAAAUUACAUAAAUAAUAACAAUAAAAAAAUACAAAUUUGUGUGAAAACUCACCUAAACGUUUUUAUCCACGUUUUUAUUAACGUUUAGUUGGGUUUUCGUGAAUAAUAAAAAUUAGUACCUACCUUUAAAAGGUUUAUUUCACUAAAACCAUAAAAAAAAAUGAUUAAGUAUUCACGAUUUUUAAAAUAAAAAUUAUGAAUGCUGUUUAAAAAUAUCGAUACAAAUUUGGAUGCGAUAAAAAAGAGUGAUUUUUACGUAUUUGCUUUGUGAUGAUUAUGAAUUGUAUUUGUUAAGAACAAUUCAAAUCUUUUGAGAUAAAUGUUACUAGUUUCAGUAAUUUCCUAAAACUUAAUUAAUUUGUAAUUGAUAUCUUUGUAAUCGUUAAUAUUUUCAAUUUCAAAUCAUUAAUUUGUACCUGAGAUCCACUUUUCAUUACUGUGUAUCAUGUUGUAUGUCAUCAAAGUCUUACAAAAUCUUACCUCCAUAUCCUGCUCUCUACACUUUCACCCAAUAUGAUAUCUUACAAAAUCUAAAAUCAUCUCCAUUAUUUGACACUUCCUCGCGAAGUGAUCCAAAGUUUCCCCUCAUUUCUCGUUUUAAACCUCACCAACAUUUUCUAUUCUCCUAUAUAUUUGGUUUAAAAUAUUUGAGCAAAUCGUUGGUUGUAAUUUCUAUAUAUUUUAUCUUCUGCUAGCAGUUUUUAGCUUUCUGCUAGCAAUAUCCAGUAAACUAAAAGGAGGAUCUAGUCAUCUAUAAGCAAUAUCAUGUCUUCUUCUCACACUAUCUACUCUUCUGCCAGCAGUUUCCACUCAUCUAUAAUGAGGAAGUCAUCUUAAGCAGUACCUUAUCUUCUGCUAGCAGUAUCUAGCUUUCUGCCAGCAGUGUCAAGUCAAUCAAUAGGAAGUUCUAGUCAUCUAUAAGCCAGUUAAAUUUUUAGCUACCUGCAAUCUUCUUUCUUAUUUCUGCAUAUCCUUAGUACGUUUGGUUCUCAAUAUAAAGAUGAGAUCCUUGAGAAUCAAACAUAACGCAAAAGAAUACGAAUGAGAGUAAGUCUGAAAAAAGAGUGAUAAUAAGAUACGCUAAGAGUGAAGAAAACAUUUCCAUACUAACUUUAACACUCAAUCAAUUGGAUACAUUUUCAUUAAAACGGAGCGAUCUCAGCUAUAAAUUUUCUUUGUCAUUUAUUCAUCCAAUUAUAUGUAUUCAUCUUUUGAACAGUUCUGCUGCAAGUGGUUUCCAAAAUUAUGGAAAAUUAAACCACUGUAAAUCUUUCCACGACGUAUUUCUGUCAGCAGUCUCCAGUCAUCUAUAAUGAGGAAGUCAUCUUAAGCAGUACCUUAUCUUCUGCCAAUAGUAUCAAGUCGGUCAAAAGGAAGUUCUAGUCAUCUAUAAACACCAUCUUGUCUUUCGCCAACACUAUCUUCUGCCAGUUAAAUUUUUGCUACCUGCAAUCUUCUUUCUUAUUUCUGCUUAUCAUCGAACUUGUCUCUUAGUACGUUUGGUUCUCAAUAUAAAGAUGAGAUCUUUGAAAGGUUGUGAUUGAAAUUGGUUGCCCCGCUCCGAUGUAAUCCGCAACGGCAUUAAAAUAGCCAAUUCCAAUCAUAUAAUUGUGGGUGGUCUCACGUUUUGCCUAGUUUAAAUUGUCUGAAUGCCCUGGAAUUGGUUCUGUCUUAACGUUGAAUCCAGUUCGGCGAUCGAAUCAAAUAUAAUGCAAAAGAAUAUGAAUGAGAGAAAAUGGUAAAUAGAAAUGUGCCACAAAGUCUGAAAUGGGAGUGAUAAUAAGAUACGUUAAAAGUGAAGAAAAGAUUUUCAUACUAACUUCAACACUCAAUCAAUUGGAUACAUUUUUAUUAAAAUGGAGCGAUCUCAGCUAUAAAAUUUCUUUAUCAUCAAUGCUAAGAAUUCGAGGUUUUCGCAUAUAAUUAAUUUUCAAAGCUUCAAUAUUCAUCCAAUUAUAUGUAUUCAUCUUUUGAACAGUUCUUCUGCAAGUGGUUUCCCAAAUUAUUGAAAAAUUUUCUUCUCUAUGUCCUAUAACAAAAAUAAAACUGAUGAAAAUGAGAAUAUAAGAUAUGGCUGAUAUAACAGCAUGAUUACCUAUUAUAAUUGAUAACCAACUUAAAAACCAAGAUAUUUGUUCUUACUAAAGAUUUUAAUAGAAAAUCAUAAAUACUUAAAAAUUAAAAAUUCAUAAUCAACAUAAAAAAUAUUUAAAAAUGACCUUUUCUCAUCCAAAACUGUUAAAAACUUGUGAAUUAUUAUUAUUAUUCCCAAGGAAAAGUUUCCUUUUUCUCACUCAAACUCAUCAGUAUUAUUCGAGGCUCAAAUAAGCUCAAUUGUUCACACAUAAUUCCGAAACUAAAAAGGUUAUUAACGUUUUACACUACGAGAUUUAUAUCGAAAACCACAUUUGUCUAUAAAAAUAUUGGUAUACAACGGAAUAAAACCGUGUCAAGAGAUUGUCAUUUUACGCGUAUUAUAUACAAUAAAAAUGGAUAAAAAAAAACGAAAAAAAAUCAAUAAAAAAGUCAUAUAGACGAGUUGGAAAAAUAUAGAUGUUUAAUAGCAUAAAAAAUAGGAUUUAUGUUGGACAAAAAAAAUGUGUAAUUUAUACAGGUCUUGUAUCUUGGUAACCUCCACAGGAUACAAUGAUGAUAAUAAUAAUAAUGUAUUUUAAAUGUU